AUGGAAGUCAGCGAAUUGUCGCAUUAUGGUCCCUCCUUGUGCGUAAAAUUUCACGGUGACUACGUAUUGGCUGGUUACGGCAUGUGCAUACAUGUUUACGAGCUCUUGAACGGCAACCUUGUGAAUACGUCGCGAAUUUUCCACAGAAACAAGGUCCACGGCUUUGUGGUGAAGAAUGGCCUCGUUCUUAUUUACGGUGCACGCUCCGUAAGUAUUGUACCGCUGGAAGCGUUGUUCAAUUGUAGUAAUAACUCUAAGCUAGAGAGAAUGUGCCACGAGUGGAUCAUAAGCGCAGAGUUUAGUUUCGACUGCUCAGCGGUUUACCUGCUCACGAGUUACAACAAAGUACUAUAUUGCGACUUAUCACUGGCGAUCAUAGAUACAAAAGCCGUUUUUGGCGAAAGGGCAAUUUUGUACUCAGGAACAAUCACCGUCCUUGGACAUGAGAAGGUGCGCGUAAAUGCCGGAACCGUGAUGGACGGUGUAUUCAUCUGGGAUAUGUUUACAGAGCAGAACCUUCACCAUUUCACUGAUCACGAAGGCUCGAUCUUUUUCGUUGUCGCUAGCCAAAGUGGUCGGUACGUUGCUAGUUGUUCUGACGAUCGUUCCAUCAAGCUUUGGGAUCUAGAAAGCGGCCAGUUGAUCUCUACUGGCUGGGGACACACUGCCAGAAUCUGGAACCUCCAGUUUUUUGACAACGAUACCAAGCUCAUCAGUGUUUCAGAGGACUGCACUUGCAGAACUUGGGAUGUGUCUUUGCCAGCACAGCACUUACCGCAAAUUGACACUUACGAAGUUCACAUGGGCAAGAAUGUUUGGGGAGUUGACGUAAACUCUCAUAGAAUGAUAGCUGCCACUUCUGGUAAUGAUGGACGCAUCAAACUAACGGACUUACAUUUACAUUCGCGGCCAAGUUGCGACAGACAAAUUAUCUCGCUGAAGGAUAUCACGCUUCAUGGUAUCAAGUUUAAAAGUAACGAAAUGGUCAAAGGAUUUCACUGGUUCAGGUUUGGUCUAAUUGUUAUGACAUCUGAGGGUCAAGUGCUCAAGUAUGACAAGACUACUGAUGUAUGGUCCACUGUACUAACAAACGAAAAAUUUGGCAGCAAUUGCAUCACGGCGGGAAUACAAGAACUUAACUUGAUUGUUUUCUCGAAUACUGGCGGCGAUUUGCUGAUUGCCAAAUUCUCGAAUAAUGGCACACUGUUGAAGACAAAAGAAGUGCACAUCAACGCUAUCUCAAAAACGACAAACUGCCUCGUAGACCAUUCAAAUGGACUUGUUAUGGUUUUACUUCAGUCUCCCAACGAAAAAGAACCAUUGCUAUGUCUCAAGAUGAAUGGCAAUUCUCUCAGCGAAGAACAAACUUUCCAAUUCAAGAGACCGACAAAUUUCAGCGCUACUUGCAUCCUCUACCACCAACAAUAUCUGUUGCUAGGUUCCAGAUAUAGCUCUUUAGCAGUCUUUGAUACUCUUGAUUAUGAGAAACCAGCCCAAAUGAUACGACGUAUGCUACCGGGUGAUUCUAUUACUUCGUUGAAAUAUGUCGAAGGAUCAACCGACGGAAGCAGUUUAUUGUCCGUCACUGAUCGAGAUGGGUAUUAUUGCUUUAUUUCUAUGAAUUUGAGCAAUGGAGGAAUGGAAGUUGUCCUUCAAAACAAGAUCGCAAAAGGGUCUCUCGAGGGAGCUCACUAUGACGAAAGAGGCGACUACAUUAUUCAUGGCUUCAGGUCGAACACAUUUGUGGUUUACAAUGAGACUAAAAACUGCGAAAUUCUGAGUGAGCAUUGUAGCGGCUCUCACAGAUUAUGGAAACUCUUGCCGAAUUAUAGAUCUGACCAUUUUAUUUUGAUCUACAUCAAGGAUUCCUGCAUUCAUAUUCGUAAAAUCGGGAGACCUGUGAUGCCACAAUCUCUGCGAGAUGGUUUGCAUGGCAGGGAAAUCAGAGACGUUACAAUACUUCCAAAUCUUUAUGGUGUCGAUAAACAUGUGUUUUGUUCCGGAUCCGAAGACACAACCGUUAGACUUAACUGGUUGAAUAUCAAAGAUGGCAAAGCUAGGACUGUGUGGACUUUUCGGGCCCACACUUCUGGUUUACAGCGCUGUAAAUUUGUGAACCAUGAAUUUAUGAUUACUUGUGCCGCGCGCGAGGAGUUAUAUCUUUGGAAACUGACGAAACGUUUUGACUCCAACCCAUAUAUGUCAGUCAUAUCAAUUUUGCCCCCUUCCACAGAAAUUCCUGAUCUCCGGAUCAUGGACUUUGACGUCAAAUUUAUGAAUGAUACAAGUGAUUUUUUGAUGGCAACGGUGUAUUCAGAUUCUACUAUAAAACUGUGGGUUUACGAGCAUCAAAAAAAGAACUUCAGGCUCAUUACCUGGGGGAAGUAUGAAAAAUGCUGUCUACUGAACGUUGCAUUCGUUUCUUUGAAGGAUCGUUUAAUCCUGAUGGUGUCCCCUACCGACGGUCAUUUAGUACUUUGGGAUCUAAGUCAGUACCUACCCGUGAAUGUGCAAAUGAAUGAGCUUGUGUGUACGGCGUCUGACGUCCAGGCAAUUUUCGCGUUACCCAAAUAUGUCCAAAGAAUAAAUGUCCACAAAGCUGGCAUCAAAUCGAUUGAAAUUAAAGUACUCUCAGAUCUGAGCUUCUUGGUUUACAGUGGAGGAGACGAUAACGCUAUUGCAAUCUCUAAAUUUGCUGUUGACGACAAGGACUCACAGAUUGAGGGUCGUGUGAUAAGUCUCGAAAAUCACGGAGGUGCCUCCACUAUAACGUCAGUCAAUCUGCUUAAUAAUAAGGAGGGCUUGAUCACAGCAUCUGUUGAUCAAAGACUGAGAUAUUACGACAUUUCCGAUGAUCAACUGAGGCUCGAAAACGUUUUUUACACCACGAAUGCAGACACAGGCUGUUUGGACAUUCUUACAACAAGUGAAGGGUCCCUACUUCUAAUUGGUGGCGUAGGGCUUUCCUGUUGGGCUUUAAAAUUGAAAUAA